AUGACCGUCAAGGCCGUGCGCGCCGCCAGCACCUUCCGCGUCGAGACGGACUCGAUCGGCGAGGUCAAGGUGGACGACUCCAAGUACUGGGGCGCGCAGACGCAGCGCAGCCUCGAGAACUUCCCCAUCGGCGGCGCGCGCGAGCGCAUGCCCAUGCCCGUGAUCAAGGCCUUCGGCGUGGUCAAGAAGUGCGCGGCCAAGUACAACCUCGAGAAGGGCAAGCUGGACGCCGCCGUGGCCGAGAAGAUCAUCGCCGCGGCCGACGACGUGAUCGCCGGCAAGCUGGACGACCACUUCCCGCUCGUGGUCUUCCAGACGGGCUCGGGCACCCAGUCCAACAUGAACACGAACGAGGUCAUCUCGAACCGCGCCAUUGAGCUCGCGGGCGGCGAGCUGGGCAGCAAGUCGCCCGUGCACCCGAACGACCACGUCAACAUGGGCCAGUCGUCCAACGACUCGUUCCCCACGGCCAUGCACAUCGCCGCCGUGCAGGAGAUCCACCGCGUGCUGCUGCCGGGUCUGCACAAGCUGCACGACGCCCUGGACGCCAAGGUCAAGGAGUUCGACGACAUCAUCAAGAUCGGCCGCACCCACACCCAGGACGCCACGCCGCUCACGCUCGGACAGGAGUUCUCGGGCUACCGCGAGCAGAUCGCCCUCUCCAUUGAGCGCGUGGAGCGCGUGCUGCCCAACCUGUGCAAGCUCGCGCUGGGCGGUACUGCUGUGGGCACGGGCCUCAACACGUCCAAGGGCUACGACGCCGAGAUCGCCAAGAUCAUCGCCGAGGAGACCAAGCUGCCCUUCGUCACGGCCCCCAACAAGUUCGAGGCCCUCGCUGCCCACGACGCCGUCGUGGAGGCCAGCGGCGCCAUGAACACCAUUGCCUGCUCGCUCAUGAAGAUCGCCAACGACAUCCGCUUCCUCGGCUCGGGCCCGCGCAGUGGCCUGGGUGAGCUGACGCUGCCCGCCAACGAGCCCGGCUCGUCCAUCAUGCCCGGCAAGGUGAACCCCACGCAGUGCGAGGCCAUCACGAUGGUGUGCGCGCAGGUCAUGGGCAACCACGUGGCCGUGACCGUGGGCGGCUCCAACGGCCACUUCGAGCUCAACGUGUUCAAGCCCGUGAUGAUCAGCAACCUGCUGUCCUCGAUCCGCCUGAUCGGCGACAGCUGCAGCGCCUUCACGGACAACUGCAUCGUGGGCAUCGAGGCCAACCGCGAGAAGAUCGACCAGCUCAUGAAGAACUCGCUCAUGCUCGUGACCGCGCUGAACCCGCACAUCGGCUACGACAAGGCCUCCAAGGUGGCCAAGAAGGCCCACCAGGACGGCGCCACCCUGCGCGAGACCGUCAUCGCUCUGGGCUACCUGACCGGCGAGGAGUUCGACCGCUUCGUGCGCCCCGAGGAGAUGGUGGGCCCCAACUAAGCUCCCUAUAAACUCCCUCCUCGGCUGACUGCAUAGCAGCCAGGACGCGCAGAGCGCGCUGCAAACGACGGGUCCGUCUCGCCUUCAUCUCGCCAUGUGUGUUUGACGUGGUAGCUCGACCGUUCGUCCGACCCAGUGCACUUGUGUAAGAACAGCAACAAAACAAGCAAAUAAACAACAAAACUACAGACUAC